UGAACCUCACUUUCAUGAUCCAGCAUUGCACGUCUGACAAAUUCAUUUCAAUCAAAAAAAUAAUACGGCCAUAGAGUAGCCUAAUAGUUUUUGUUUUUAUUUACUAAUCUGUUAUAAGCUUAUUACUAGUUUUGUAAUUUAGAUGAGUUUCCCAAUACCGUGAAUUGAAUUUCUUAUUUGAUAAUCAGUUUUUUUCAGAGUAUUCAAAUGGUUCAAUAUUUACUGUACCACUGUGGAAAAAAUUCAACUGCACUGGUUGAUUGGUGGACAAAAUAUUGUGCAAUAUUGGACAUAAUUCAGAAAAAAAUUCAGUUGAAAAGUAUCGAAAAUGGCGGGGUUCACCUGGCUGGACUACUCGGUGUUUGCCUUCAUGCUGUUUGCUUCGACUCUGGUUGGAGUCUACUUUGCUUUCUUCACAAAACGGAAGCAGAAUUCAACCGCCGAAUAUCUGGUUGGCGGACGCAGUAUGGGGGUGUUUCCGGUAUCAAUGUCUCUGAUUGCGAGUUACAUAUCGGGCAUAUCACUGCUUGGUAUUCCGGCCGAAAUUUACACAUAUGGCACACAAUAUUGGUUGGUUAUGAUUUCCGAGGCACUCGUCAGUCUGACUAUGGCUUAUAUUUACCUCCCAGUAUUCUACAGUCUCAACAUCACAUCUUCCUAUGAGUAUUUGAGUCUACGCUUCAAUUCAACUGUACGGCUUUUCGGCUCAUGUCUGUUCCUCCUUAAAAUGAUGCUUUACAUUCCAAUUGUGAUUUACGUGCCUGCUCUGGCCUUGAGUCAAGUUUCAGGAAUCAACUUACAUCUGAUAACACCACUCGUUUGUACAGUGUGCAUUUUUUACACAUCAUUGGGUGGAGUGCGAGCGGUGGUGUGGACAGACUGUCUGCAGACCAUAAUGAUGGUGGUGGGAGCUAUCCUAGUCGUCGUCAUUGGCUCCAGGGAUCUCAGUCCAUCCCUUGUCUGGCAGCGGAACGUCGACAGUGGUCGUAUCGAUUUUUUCAACUGGGAGAUGGAUCCAACCAUUAGACAUACGGUGUGGUCUGUGACUUUGGGGAACUACUUCUAUUGGCUGGCAGCCUGUUCUGUGAACCAAGCCAUGGUGCAACGGUGUCUGUCUCUGCCCUCCGUCCGCCAAGCAAACAUGGCGAUUGCUAUUUUGGCGGUGGGAAUCGCAAGUAUUGUCUCAAUAUGCUGCUACACAGGCUUACUUAUCUACGCACAUUACUAUGACUGUGAUCCUGUUUCUACAAAGAGAAUCGGAAAAGCUGACCAACUGCUGCCUCUUUACGUGUUGGAGGUUGCCAGUGUGCUGCCUGGUCUACCCGGUAUAUUCAUGGCUGGCGUUUUUAGUGCAGCUUUAAGGUUUCACCAAUUAUUUCAUGAAGUAUUAUUUAAAACAAUCACGCAUAACCGAUCUGAGGCGUAUUUCAAGAAAAUACUGUGAAGAGAAAUUUGUUAAUUGACCGAGCGAAGUGAGGUCUAAGAUUCAAGUCGACGGUUUGGCAUU